CGUAGGUGUAGGAAGGAUGAUAAUUGAUUGUGCAGACCUCGUGCCUCUCGUCCGGGGUCAACGCUAGCGGACACCAACGCUAGACGUUAUUAGACCGUCAUCGCCGCUCUCUCUCUCGCUUCUCCUCUUCUCUUCCCUCCUUUCCACUCUUUCCUUCCUGCCUGUCCUUUCCUUUUCAGUUCCCAACCCAGUCUUUCCUUAACUUUGCCUCUUUUGCCCCCCUCCUUGGUGUGGUAUUUAAUCGCACGGUCUCUCUUUUUUGCGAACGAUCCUCCGUUCCAUCCAUUCUUUUAUUCUACCCCCAAUUCAGUCGCCUUAUAUUCUUGCUUCAUCUCUUACGUCUCCAUCACGGAUUUCGUGGGUGACUUGCUUUAUAUAUCAACCUCGUGACUUGUGAUAUUCGCGCGACUUUACUCGUUUGGGAAUUUCUGCCAAGAUGCACGCCUUCAUCUACCUGACUCUGAGCGGCCUGACGGCUCUGGCGGCCGCUGCGGCCAACAACGCCAACAGCUUCAACAUCCCCAAGGAUGGUUACUCCUUCAAGGCCGGUGAACCCACCACCCUGACCUGGGAUCCCACCACCGAGGGAACCAUCACCCUGAAGCUCCAGUGGGGCGCUGUCCUGACCCCUGACUCAGGCAAGGAGAUCGCGGCCAGCAUCCCCAACUCGGGCAAAUUCACGUGGGACGUUCCCGAGGACUUGGAGAAGCAGCCCGACUAUGCCAUCGAGAUCAUCUCGGAUGACGAUGCCGACAAAGUCAACUACCUGCCGCGCUUCGUCGUCGCGGGCGCCACCGCCGAACCGUCCAAGCCGACCCCGUCGUCCACCGCCUCGCACUCGACCACGGAGGAGUCGACCUCCACGAGCACCGACAGCUCGAGCGAGACCCCGACCACCAUGACCACCACCACCAGCACGAGCUCCUCCGACAAGUCGGAGUCGACGACCUCCACCACCGACAGCUCCUCCACGGCACCCUCCACCCCUGCCUCGACCUCGGCCAGCCCCAGCGGCUCGGCGGACCCCUCGUCCUCGGUGCCCAACACCAACGCCGGUAUGAUGAACCGCGUGUCCGGUGGCAUGCUGGCCCUGGUCCUUGGCGCCAUUGCCGUCUUGUAAACUCUUCCACGAACUGGACGUCUCAUCCCUCCUGGUUCAUCUUCUUCCUUUCUCAUGUUCAGCCUCGAGCUCUUGUUGGGACACUUACUUCUUGAUGAUCUCGGAUUGGAUGUGCUUUAUACCUGACUUUAUACCCUACUUGAUACCCCGAGUGUGAAUACAUGAUCGCGGGGGGAACAACCAUGCGGCCAGAAAAAAAAGCCAGAAGCCAAAUCCGUCUUUUCCUUCUUUGUCGGGGUUAUGCUGUGUCAGCAUUUAAUUAUUAUUACCCUUUUUUUUUCUUUACGUUGUUUUUUUUUUUUCGCCUUUGAUUGGAGGCAGCUUGGGAUACCUGGUUGAUGUACGGGUGGAUGGACUAUGUAGAUAUGUAUUACUGUAAUGAAUGACAUUCGGCCAGAGC